GCCUGACGGGUUAUUCUCUCUCUCUCCACUCACUCUGUUAUUCACUUCCCCGGUUCGUCCCCCAUUCUCACGUCAUUAACAAAUCAUUUAUUCAUUAGACUGCAUUCUCAUGUGAAGUCCUCUCUUUCUCUCUCUAACUAAAUUAUUCAUUAAACUCCAUUCUCAUGUGAAGUCCUCUAUUAUCUCUCCUCUCUCUCUAACUAAAUCUUGUUCCUUGCUUUCUCUCUCCUCCACUCUGAAACUUAUUCCUCCAUGUGCUCCUUCUGAUUCCUCCACCCCCCGGCAUCCAUAAACCCGUCCCUUAAACCCCCAUUAAUUUAAAACCACACCACUCCCCCUCACAUGCACACACCAGGCCUCUCUUUCUCUCUCCUCUCUCUACCUUGUUCCAUGUCCAUCAUGGCCUAGCUGUCCUCGGAUCCAGAGUUUCAGGCCCUUCAAUAUAAACAAUUUUACAUGGGGAUAGCCGCUCCUCUCUUCUCCUCCUCCUCCUCUCUCUGAACCAACCUCUUCUCUCUCGGCCCAAUGCGCGUUAUUAUGCCUGCGCAGCCAUGGCCGAGCUGCAAAACCUUGUUUCUUUCUCUUCUCUGCCUCUCUUUCCUCAAUUCACAAUUCGCUCUUGCCAUUGAUGAGCAGGGCCAAGCUCUUCUAGCUUGGAAACAUAGCCUCAAUGACUCGACUGCCAUGAGCGACUGGAAUCCCUCUGAUCCCAACCCCUGUAACUGGUUUGGCAUCACCUGUGGCGCGAACAAAGAGGUUCUCUCUCUAACUCUAAGUUCCCCUCUUCUUCUUGGUCCCUUGCCCUCUGGUUUUUCUGCCCUUGCCUCCCUAGAGACUCUGAUUCUCUCCGGUACGAACCUCACGGGCCCAAUUCCACCACAAUUUGGUGAUUACAGAGCCCUGAAGCGUCUCGAUCUCAGCAACAAUGGCCUCACAGGCCGAAUUCCUAAUGAGCUCUGUAAAUUAAACAAUUUGCAGAGACUUUACCUGAAUUCAAACCAAUUUGAAGGCCCAAUCCCUGCUUUAAUUGGUGAUCUCUCUGAGCUUCAAUGGCUGAUUCUAUACGAUAACCAGUUUAGCGGCGCGAUUCCUCAGAGCAUUGGCAAAUUGCAGAAGCUCGAGGUUUUUCGAGCAGGUGGAAAUGCAAACCUCGAAGGCCAAUUGCCUGAAUCAAUUGGAAAUUGCAGUAGUCUCACCAUGCUUGGCCUCGCGGAGACCAGUGUUUCAGGCAACUUGCCUGCAACUCUAGGCCAGCUCUCGAAGCUCCAGACGCUAGCCAUUUACACUGCCAUGCUCUCAGGUCCAAUCCCAAAAGAGCUCGGGAACUGCAAACACUUGCAGAGCCUCUAUCUCUAUGAAAACUCCCUCUCUGGCUCAAUUCCUCCUGAAAUUGGGCUUUUAUCAGAGCUCCAAAACCUAUUGCUAUGGCAAAAUGCUUUAGUGGGUGUUAUUCCACAGGAGAUAGGCAAUUGUAGCAAUCUCGAAGUGAUCGAUCUCUCGAUGAAUAUGCUUACAGGUAGCAUUCCAAUUGCCAUGGGGAAGCUUUCAAAAUUACAAGAGCUUCAACUCUCCGUGAAUCAGAUCUCCGGUGAGAUCCCACUUGAAAUUGCAAAUUGCUCUGGCUUGACACACCUUGAGAUUGACAACAACCAAAUUUUAGGCCAAAUUCCGGCAGAAUUUGGAAAUUUGGAGAAUCUCACUCUGUUAUAUGUUUGGCAAAACAAGCUCGAGGGGCCGGUACCUGAGACCUUAGCUAACUGUGUUAAAUUGCAGGCUCUUGACCUCUCUCAGAACAACUUAAUGGGUUCGAUCCCGAGAGGUCUCUUCAAUUUGAGGAACCUCACCAAGCUUUUGCUCUUGUCGAAUGAGCUCACUGGUUUCCUGCCACCAGAAAUCGGGAAUUGCAGUGCGCUUUUCCGGUUUAGAGCUGCAGGAAAUAAGCUGUCCGGCGAGAUUCCAGCAGAGAUUGGUCGACUCAAGAGCUUGAAUUUCCUUGAUUUAGGAGAUAACCUGUUUACUGGACCCAUUCCUAAUGAGAUUUCUGGUUGUUCAGGGCUCGAGUUCUUGGACCUGCAUUUGAAUGGGCUCACUGGCUCGUUGCCAUCUAGCCUAGGCAGGCUCAUGACUUUGCAAGUCAUGGAUGUGUCUUGGAACCGGCUUAGCGGGCCACUAGGACCCGAGGUGGGCUCCUUGCGAGCCCUGAGCAAGCUCAUAUUAAGGGGCAAUGGCUUCUCUGGAGCCAUACCAGCAGAGCUCAACUCAUGCACCAGGCUACAGCUCCUUGACCUAAGCAGCAAUGGGUUUUCGAAUGAAAUCCCAGCUCAAUUAGGCAGUAUUAUUGGUCUGGAAAUUGCCUUAAACCUCAGCUGCAACUCUCUUUCAGGGCCCAUACCCAAAGAUCUCUCUGGCUUGGUUAAGCUCACAACCCUCGAUAUUUCGAGAAACCGGCUUUUGGGUAGUCUGGAAGUCUUGGCCUCUCUCCAAAACCUCGUCACGCUAAAUGUCUCGUAUAACAAUUUUUCUGGCGAGCUUCCAGACACACCAUUCUUUCGCAGGCUCUCUCUCAGUGACCUCACAGGAAAUGCAGGGCUCUGUGUCACCGGAUGCAUCGAGCCUCGUACACGCACCGCAAGCGCGAACGUGAUGCGCAUUGCAAUGAGUCUAUUGAUCGGGGCCACGGCCGCACUACUGUUGUUCGCUCUGUACAUGGUUCUGCGCACGAGGAAUGGAGCCAGAGGUAUGGGAAACGAAGAGGACGGUGAACUACAGGGGCCAUGGCAAAUGACCCUGUAUCAGAAAGUCGACGUAUCCGUCGAAGACGUGGUCGACAGCUUGGUAACCACGAAUAUAAUCGGCAAGGGGUGCUCCGGGGUUGUGUACCGUGCACGCAUACAUGGAAACGAGAACAAUUCCAUUGCAGUGAAGCGGCUCUGGGGUGGAUCAGAGAAGGCAUCAGCACUCGCAUUCGCGUGCGAGACGAGCACGCUCGGGGCGAUCCGACACCGCAACAUCGUGAGAUUAUUGGGGUACUGUUCAAGCCCUAAUGCGAAGCUUUUGCUGUAUGAUUAUAUGCCUAAUGGGAGCUUAGGGUCUCUGUUACAUGAGGGGGGUAGUGUGGGGAAAGGGGUUGGAGGUGUGGUGGGUGAAUGGGAGGUGAGGUAUAAUGUUUUGUUGGGAGCUGCUCAAGGCUUGGCGUAUUUGCACCAUGACUGUACGCCUCCAAUAUUGCACAGAGAUGUUAAGUCCAACAAUAUACUGCUUGGGCCUCAGUAUGAGCCCUAUUUGGCUGAUUUUGGGGUAGCCAAGUUGAUGAACGGAGAGGCCCAUCAGGCGUCCAGGUCCAACUACCCACAGUUUGCUGGAUCCUAUGGUUACAUCGCUCCUGAGUACGGUUGCAUGCUAAGGAUAACCGAAAAGAGCGACGUAUACAGCUUCGGAGUUGUGGCUCUCGAAGUCUUGACGGGGAAACGGCCCAUCGACCCUUCUUUGCCCGAAGGCACCCACUUAGUACAGUGGGUGCGGGACCAUCUAUCUCCUCAUAACAGCAAGACAGAAAGAGUGAACCACGUCUCUUUCUCUCUAUUCGACCCACGCUUGCAAGGCGGUGGGCCCGCACAGGCCGAGGAGAUGUCUCAGGCCCUAGGCAUAGCCUUGCUUUGCGUCGUCAGGAACCCCGAUGAACGACCCACGAUGCGCCACGUAGCGGCCCUACUGAAGGGCAUACACCACGAUCUAAAUGCGCAUCAGGCCCACAAGCUUGACUUAUAUCAGCCCCAACAAACACCAAAAUACCCAUCUCGUUCAAACGUCACCUCAUCUCACUGCUCUUUCUCUUUGCUCUACUCUUCUGAUGAUCCCAGCCAAAACAACCCCUGAAAACUGUGUGGCGCAAAACAGCCCAUGUAAUGGUGGGUGCAGAGAUAAAAAAUCCCAUAUCUCAAAUAUUCCGACACAUAUUUUGAGUGGAAAAAUUAGAAACAUGGGAAGGCCUCGAGAGAAGGUUGUUGGGGUGAGCUGGUUGGAUGUUGACGGAAUGGUGGGGUUUCAAAACAGAUGUUUGUGAGGAGAGCACAGGGUGUCGAGCCCCAUUAUGAUGGCCUGAGAAACGUAUUUAUUUUUGUGCAGAGAUCGACUCAGACGUAGAAUAUGUGAAAACACAAAUCUUUCGGAUCAAGGGGAAAAGAGUCGAGAGUGAGAGAGGGCCCUUAUUCAUGGUAAAGAGAGAGCGAAUGUGUAUAUGAUUGAGUGAGAGAAGGGGAAUGUCAAGAAGUAGAGAGAGAAAGAGAGGGUGUGGGGUGCUGUCGGAGCACGUGGAUUUUAGGUAAGGAAAAGGCUGCAUUGGGAAUAUGCCAGAGGUGGGGUCACCCUUAGUGUCGCUUUCAUUGAAGAUGAAGAGGGAAUUGAUGGGUAGUAUGAUUUACUUUUAUGCGGAUUCAGUCCUGAAACAUGUGGGGUUGGGGGGGCCUGUUCAAGGACAUGGCUUUGGUUCUUGUUUAAUUCUACUAUUUUUGUUGUAGAAAGAAAAGCAAGAGAUUGAGAUUCAAAAUUCGGAGAGAUGUGUAUAUGGUUGUGGAUAGGUUUUCAACCUUUUGGGGGUGGUGGAUUGUACGUGGUUAAUGGGAUCUUGUAAGGA